CUCCAAAGAGAAUUUUAGAGUACAUGAAUGUGAUUGGACUCACAGUGUCACAUGUGAAGAGUCAUCUCCAGGCGUAUAGAAUUGCCAAAGAGGAAGAGAGGACAAAAGUAACGAGGCGAGUCAUUAGGAGGCAAACUCGGUUGCACCUUCGUCUAUACGAACGUCUUCAGGAAAUGUUCAGCCCUAUCCAAAACCCACCAAGUCAAGAAGAGGAGAUGGGUGAAAGCGAAGUCGAAGAGGGAGAACCAAGUAACGCUGCUCAUGAAGUUUCUUGCAAGUCUCUCUAUCAGUCUUCGAGAAUCAGACUGAAUGAGUCCGGCGAAGAUGAAGAAGAGGACAUGGACAUGGACUACAAUGAUGAGAAUUUGUCCCUUGAGCUUACUCUUGGUCUCAAGAACUAAAGAGGCUGAUUUAUCUCUUUCUUAAAUUUCAUUUCUAUCUUCAUUUCAUUUUCUAUGUAUCUCUUUUCUUCUA